CGGGUCUUCAACAGCGAUGGAAUGGAGUAUGGUCAACCCUCCUCCUACCCUUUCCCUUCACCGCUAUUUUUUUUUUUUUUUUGCCAUUUGCGGGAAACGAGAGGAGGCGACAAUUAUGUUAGGUUGAUCUCCACCUGCGCCUAGAUGGAUCGAGAGCCUCCUCCUCCUCCUAAAUCUUAUUUUGUCGCGUAGGGUUUCUUUGGAUAGAUCGGGAGGCGCAGACGGAGAGGAAGAUCGAUGGUGAGGGGGAAGACCCAGAUGCGGCGUAUAGAGAACGCGGCCAGCCGGCAGGUAACCUUUUCGAAGCGGCGAAAUGGCCUCCUCAAGAAGGCGUACGAGCUCUCCGUCCUCUGCGACGCCGAGGUCGCGCUCAUCGUCUUCUCCGCUCGGGGGAAGCUCUACGAGUUCGCCAGUUCCAGUGUACAGAAUACAAUUGACAGGUAUAUGGCGAAAGUGAAAGAAGUUGAGAUCAAUAGCAGUGAAACAGAAAGGAGCAUGGAGCAAUGGAAGUGUGAAGCCACAAACAUGUCAAAGAAGAUAGAACACCUUGAAGCGCAAAAAAGGAAGCUCUUGGGUGAAAAUUUGGGAUCAUGUUCUAUCGACGAGUUGAAUGAACUAGAGGCUCAAUUAGAGAAAAGCUUAAGCAGAGUAAAGGGAAAAAAAAGAACAAUGUUGGAGGAGCAAAUUGUGCAACUAAAGGAGAAUGAGAAAACUCUUCUGAAUGAGAAUGCAUCAUUACGUGAACAGUGCAAGUCAGAACCUCUGUUGAAGCGAGCUCCUACCCAAGAAAAUGGUGCAUAUUGUCACACUCGAGAAGAGCAUUCAGAAGACGUAGAAACCAUGCUGAUGAUAGGAUGGCCAAGCAGUAGAUAGGCCAAGUGAUCAUCAUUUUACAAGAGAGUAUUUGUAGGUAUGUUCAUGGUCGUACAGAAUCUGUUUUAACUUGGGUGUCAUAAGUUUAUGCAAGAGCUGUAUUAUUCAUCAUUUGGUAGAAAAUUCAGAUCAAUUCACUCAUUGUGAAAAAUGGUUGCAGUUGAUCUUUUUUUUGUGUGUGUGUAUGAUAAAUCUAACACAUAUUCCUAAUUAGCCAAAGCAUCUCCUUAUAGCAAA